UCAUACCCGCCGCCAGCGCUGUCGUUCAUGUAAACAUUUUCCCAUGUAGAGGUUAUAAAAGUGUCCACAGUGUCACCUAGUUCCUUAUUUUAUUGAUUUAAAUUAAGAAACUGAAAAUGGCUUCCAAGAAAAAGGUUUCACAAGAAGAGCUUCGUCGCUUAAUGAACAAGCACAAAGACAAGUUUAGCGAAAAAGUGAAGAAGAUCGACUCUCCAUUAGCAAAGUACACUAGCGAUGGCGCAUUAAUGUGUGUUCUGUGUAACACCGUUGUACGAAGCGAGUCAGUAUGGAACGUUCAUUUAAAUUCAAAGGCUCAUAAGGACAACAUUCAUCUAGUUAAACAGAGGAAAGCUGCCGCCGAAUUCAAGGCACCAUCAAAUGUAGCAGCACCAGCACCUUUAAAACGACCUAGUGAAUCUUUUAACAAGGAUCCAAUUCCAGCAAAGAAAAUCAAGGGAAUUUUGAAAAAUGCUCCCCCAAAGCCUGUGUCAUCAAAUUUACCGGGUGACUUUUUUGACUUAAAUGGAGGAACAUCCCAUACUCAAAAUGCCGUCAGCAACAAUAUAUCUGUAGUACCCGUUCAGGAAAAUAAUGUUACUGAAACUGUCGAUAUGGAAGUAAAUGAUGAUCAAGAAGUUUCCCCUCAAGCUCAGAACAGAUCAGAAACCCUACCUGAGGGUUUCUUCGAUGACCCUAUAAUGGAUGCUAAGGCUAGACAUGUUGAGUACAAAGACCCCAUUGAGGAAGAAUGGGAGAAAUUCCAGAAAGAAAUUAAAGAAGAAGUAACUGUUUCCUCUCAAAUAAUUGAAGAGGAUCAUGAAGAAGCGACAGCUGAAAGGCAAAUUGAGGAAAUUGAUGAACAGCUACGCAAUUGGAAUAGGGUACUUGAAUUAGAACGUAAAAAAGAAGCAGUUAAGGCUGCUGAGCGUAUUAGUAUGGAAGUAGAUGCAGAUAUCAGCAGUGGUGAGGAAGACUUUGAUGAGUUCCUUGACUGGAGAGCCAAGAAGUCUUACAGAUAGUUCAAAGUAUUUAAAGUCCCUCAUUUUCGGAAAAUCAACUAUAUCCACAAUUUUUAUCAAUAAAUUUUUUGGAAUUUA